AUGGCCCCUUCCAGGGCGCCCAGUACCCGCUUGUUGCAUUCACUGAGAUCGUUAGCGACUGAGGUGCCAGCAGCGAGAGUUGCUCUCCGAACAUUCGCAACCACAAGCUCGAAUUGUCAAGAAGUCGAACUCCAAAAGCCAUCCUAUUAUCACAACCCUGACCCAGCUACCGUCCAUGUUCCCCGACUUGAGCGAAAGCUUCUGAAGGCUGGUCAAUUCCCGGUGGGAUCGCGAAGACGACGGGCUGCCCUCGCGCAAUCUCCUGGCAUACCCUUCGAUGAAUUGCCCUAUCAGUGCUUCCAAGAAGCCCGCAAGAUCCUCAUUGCCGACCGAGCAGAAAAGCUCAAAAAGAUAGAAACUGAGAGGGCUCGCAUUGCUCGGCUCCGUGAUGUCGACCCGAGCACUUUUCCGGGAGGAGAACUCUACAAACAAAGGAGGUUGAACAGCAUGCUUGCAGAGCUGGAGAAUCUCAAGAUCUUAGCUGAUAUUAACGAUCCGAAUGUCAAGAGGAGGUUUGAGGAUGGCCAAGGUGACUUGGGCAAACCCAUCUACAGACAUCUCGCUGAGCGAAAAUGGCGAGAAUACCCGCGAAAAGUCCUCGUUCAACGGAUCACGCAGAUGAAGGUGGUGCCCGACGUCAUUCCAAACGUGGAUCCUGCUCUGGACGUCAAGAUUGUGUUUGGAAACAGAGUUGUACAACCGGGCGAGUUCGUGGAGUCGCACAUCAGCGAAAGCCCUCCCCGUCUGACCCUACAAUCCUAUGAGCGAGGCGAGAAGAUGGUCACUAUCGCCAUUGUUGACCCAGACGUUCCAAAUACCGAGACCGACUCCUUUGACUCUCGAUGCCACUAUCUAGCCUGCAACAUUACCAUUUCACCGACGAAGCCAUCGGUAGAUCUCGCAAUUCUAUCCCCGGCUUCCCAGGUCCUUCUUCCGUGGCUGCCACCCUACGCGCAAAAAGGCAGCCCCUAUCAUCGAUUGUCCAUCGUUAUAUUACAACAAAAAGAUAACAUUCCCAUCGACCUCGAGAUUGCCAAGAAAAAGAUUCAGCGAGAUGGGUUCACAAUCCGCAGCGUGAUGAGUCGUCAUAUGCUCAGUCCCAUCAGUGCUUCAUUGUUCCGCACACAGUGGGAUGACAGCACGGCGGCAGUUAUGCAGAGAGCAGGAAUUGAAGGUUCGGAUAUCGAGUUCAAGAGGAAGAAGGUUGACCCUCUGCCGUAUCAGAGGCGCGACACGUCUAGGAUGAGAGGAUAA